GUUCCUAUCCGCGGCCCACCAGCUUGCAACACCCUCUCACAGCUCUCCAGACACCAUUAGUUUCGACCGGCUAGACGGCCAAGACAGAACGACAAUGCCUGCUUUAGUCGCUCGGCAAUUUUAUGAUGAGUACGUUAUUGCUGUGGCUAUGCGUUUCCUUGAGGCUUGAGUAGCUUCCUUGAGUAGUUCCCUUAUAAUCUGGUUGCAUACCCCAGCUCUGCAAACAGCAGCUGAAGACGUCAUCCAUCGACCCUCCACACUCUCACCACUCGAUACCUUUGUCUCUUCUCCAUCAUGCUUUCAACAUCAUCAACACGCUCUCGAUUAUUGCUGUUAGCAGCUUUAUCCACACAAAUCACUAACGCCAUGGCCCAAACCAGGUGUUACUAUGACCGCUACAACCAGCGACGAUGCUAUCGCCAGUCUGCCUGGAACACCUGGGUACGAUGGGUCGUCCUUGCGGUCAUUGUCAUUGGAUUCUUACUUCUCUUCUUCCUCUGCAGCUGCAUAACUGCCCGUCGCAGGCGUAAGGCUGGCCGCCAGCCAUUCUACGGUACUGGUUGGGCCGCCCGACCCAACGGUAACACCGCGCAGCCCUACUACAAUAACAACUACAACACCGCGCCUGCGCCUCCGUACUCGGCCGCAACACAUAACAACAACAACGGCGGCUACUACGGUAACGGCGCAAACCAGAGCUACUACGGCCAACAGAAUGGUGUCGAGCUGCAGAGCCCGCAGCCCACAUAUGGCGGCAACCAGCAGUACGCCCCGCCCCCCGGCCCGCCACCAGGCAAGGACGGCAUCAUCCGAUAAGCGUGCUCAGGCGGCACGCACGUUCCACAUGUACAUACUGAACGCUGCUACGAUUGACGUAUGGCGUUCUCCUCGGUGCUUUUGAUUACGGCUGUAAAAGAAUGGCAUACAUAUGCGAUUACCACGGAUACCUUUUUGUUAAUGUUUUUGGCUUGGUUCUCGACCUGAAGCACACUGUUCGACUCUAGUUUAUUGAAUCAUAACUUUUACUCUCGGUCCAACCCUCAUCAAACAACAUCACCGGGCUUGUGGUUUAGUGGUAUAAUACUCCCUUAGCAUCUUAUAGACUCAAUUGAGGCCUGUAAAAGCAUGGGAGUGGUCCAGGGUUCGAUUCCCUGCAAGUCCA